CGAAAGCCGCCCAUGAGAAUAAGACGUACAACAGCAUUGUAAUCAUUUCGUUGCUUCGAAUAUUAUUUAUUAAAUCAAAACAUCAUUACUUGUCCUUUCCUCUAAGACCCAUUUAGAUACUGCACAAAUUUUGGGGGCUCGUCCGGGAUCUAGAGCGCUAAGUGACAAGUGAAAGUGAUAUUUCGGAACAAUGAGGGACUACAUUGCAGGAGAAGCAGGUUUGACUGACGAGCAGGUGGCUCAGAUGCGAAUACCUGAGUUGAAAGACGAGCUGAGAAGACGACGGCUGAGAUUAGCGGGUAGAAACCGCGAGCUGGUAGCGCGAUUGCUGGCUGCGGUACGUUUAGAGCGGGAACACGGUGCACGAGAAGAAGACGACGACGACGACGACGAUGAGAUGGACAUGAUUGGGGACCGUUUAGACGGCAACGGUCCAGGGAAUCACGAUCUCAAUAGUCAAGAUGGCGGAGUUCGGGUGACUCCAGUGGUAAGGCGACGAAGGCAAGACGAGCGUAAGUGCACGGUGUUAACGUUUGAAGACGUGGAAGACUCGUUAAAAAAAUUCAGCGGAGAUGACCUACCGAAUGUAAGCCAAUGGAUAAGAGAUUUCGAGGAAAUGGCGGAAGUGUGUGGCUGGUCGGACAUCCACAUGGUGGUUUUUGCUAGGAAGCUUCUCACAGGCUCUGCUCAAGCUUUCGUACGCCAAGAACGAUGCAUGAAGUCCUGGGCGAAGUUUAAAAAGGCGUUGGUAGAUGAAUUCGAAGACAUAGUAAGUGACCGGCAGGUACAUCAGGAGUUAGCGCAUAGAACGAAAAGAGCAGACGAGAGUCUGCUUCAAUAUAUGUAUAGUAUGCGUGAGAUUGCGGGACAAGGAAGAGUCGAUACACAGUCGGAAAUCGACUAUAUUAUCCAGGGUAUUCCCGAUGGGGUCACAAAUAAAGCUAUACUAUACGGGGCCAGGAAUAUGCAGCAGUUGAAGGAACGCUUCAAGCAGUAUGAAGCGAUGAAAAGGGACAUGAAGGCGAAAACAAAAUUUGGGGAACGCAAGGACGAUGAAGCGAAACGAUCAGCAAUACGGAAGCAGUCGAGGCAAACGAGCAGUGAUCCCAAAAGGUGCUUCAAUUGCGGCGGUGACGAUCACUUAAGUGUUACGUGUCCGAAGAAAAAGAAAGGUGUGAGGUGAUUUAGCUACAA